GAUUGGUGCACAUGUUGUUUUCUUAUUACUCACACAGUGGUAACUGCUUCCUUUGUACACAGUUGAAUCUCUUCAGUAGUAAUAUACCUACAGCUUUUUUGCCCCCCCCGCAUCCCACCAGUUUUUCCACCUUCUAAAAAACACAUAUUCACACAUAGCCACACUAUCACUGUAACAACUCCCAAUGUUCCUUUAAUGCAGAUAGUCCUAUAAUUAUCUACUAGUCACAAACACACAUCACACAUUUUACUUUUUCUUUAGUGCUCUGAAACACACAGGGGGUGAUAGUUUCAAACAGAAUACCACAAACAGCAGGUAUUCCUGCUCUGAUACAUCUAAAACUUCAGAUUCUUAAUUCUGCAACAGUUAGACAGAGGGGGCUUACAGUUAGACCCCCUACAGUCAGCAGAAGAGGUCAUCCUUAUCAAGAGCAUCUCAACUGUACUUCCAUAGUUUCCAUUACAAACAGUGUCCUUUAUCUUAUCAUGUCAGAGGUCAACUGAAACCAGGUCCAGCGGAGCCACCAAAGGUUUUUCACCUUUUAUCUAUCCAUUACACUUUCUACUGACCAUCCGAUCCUCCAAACAGGUUUCACCUUUUGUUUACACCCCCCACACCUUUAUCUCUGCAUCUCAGAGGACAACUGAAACCAUGGCCAACCCCGGGGGGGGGUAAUGACACCACCUAGUGGUCUGGUCUAACCCUUAUACAUAUAAAGACUCUUUCAUCAUUUGGAACAUCAACAGAGUGACCUAAGGAACACAGACACCUCUAACUAAGGAGUGCAGGAUGACGUCGGCAUCAACCAUGACGAACAGCCAGAACAUCGGCCAAGCCACAGAAGCUCUAGAGCAAGACAUGCAAGCGUGGGACCUCUCAGACUCGCCAGACUCCCCACCGCCUGCGCUGCUAAUCCAGACCCCACCAACUCCACCCCCUUCUCCACAGAUGCUGCAGGAUCCUACAGGAUCAGGAAACAUGCUACGGAUGUCGAACAGCUCAACCCAGUCAGGUGCAACACAGCUGUUUGCUCGAACUGCCCGAGUAUUACUUUGACAUCUACUACGACGAUGUGAUGCUGAGGCUCAAGACAUUCCGAUUCAUCCCCGCCAUACGCCUGUUUGUACGCACAUACACAAACGACGGGACUAAAACACAAUUCAGCAGGAUUGCAGAACACACCAUGACUGAACUGAGAUCAUCACAACAUAUAGUAUGUGCAAUUAACGACAAUAUUGCACAGCUGCUAGAAGCAAGUCGUUAUGCCCAUCGUGUUAAACCAGCCAUGCUUCGCAUGAUUGGUAACUACUGGGCUGGGAGACACCUGGUUUAAUGUAUGUUGUUCAGUAUUCAUUGUCUGUGUGAAUGAAAUAAAAAGACAUGUCAACACC